CAGCUAUACCACAUGCUGAAAACAUGGCUGCUUCUGUACGGGUGAGGACGUGGAACACAUCUAGCUCAGUGAAAACCUGGCUCCUUUAUUUGGCAGGGAUUAUUUUACUAGGAGAUGUAAAUAGCGGGGUGAUGGCAGCUCCAGAACCAGGACAGUGGAUAAUUACAGUUGUCAAUACCUCAAGACCAUUGCUUUUGAGGAAAUCUAUGUAUAAAGACACUGAUAUCAAAUUGAAAGUUGUGUCCUUUGGAUGUCCAGAGGAGAUGACUUUUACCAUUCAAUGGUACUUGAAAUACUACCCCUGUCACAACGAGUUCAAUAAUAUUGAGGAAAUGUAUGAGAGGACGCCACUGAGUCGAGGACAGAGUAUGGAUCCUAACCCUCUAGGACAAGGGGAAUGCAUUGAGCACAAGCACAAGCCCUUGACCUGCAACGAUGACCUGCGAUACUUCCCAAUGCUAAAUAAAGCCAAGGUGGAACCACGGACAGUUGUCCCGCCCAUGGAAGGGGCGGCACCGGGUUCGGAUGAGAACUACACCAAAUGGACAAUGGAGGAGUACGACAAAGUCAGCGGUGUGAAGAAUUCCAGUGUGUCACUUAAAGAUGAUGUCAUUGCCACCACGUGGAAGGAUGGCCCCUAUCUGUUUGUGGUGGUGAUUAAAUCUAACAAACAGGAAGCCAACUGGAAUUUAACUGUAAACGUUGUAAUGAAAGGAACUCACGGCUACAUCUCCAUCACUGAAUGGCCUCUCAUGAUCUUCUACAUGGUGAUGUGUAUAGUGUACAUCCUGUACUCGUUACUCUGGUUCAUGUGGGCUGCCUGUUACUGGAAGGACUUACUGCGGAUCCAGUUCUGGAUAGCUGGAGUCAUCUUUCUGGGCAUGGUGGAGAAGGCUGUGUUCUGUGCUGAGUACGAGAACACCAACGGUGUCGGGGCAGCUUCUCCAGGCCUGUUGAUCUUUGCUGAGCUCAUCUCUGCCCUGAAGAGAACCCUGGCACGGCUGCUGGUCAUUAUUGUUAGUCUGGGAUAUGGUAUAGUCAAGCCUCGACUGGGUACUGUGAUGCACAGAGUGGUGGGACUAGGCGUCCUGUAUUUUGCCUUUGCUGCUAUCGAAGGUGUGCUUAGGAUCACUGGGGGUCGUGACAAUGGCCUUUCCCUCAUCACAAUCGUUGUUCUAGUUGUGAUGGACUCCUGUAUCAUCUGGUUCAUAUUUGUGAGCCUGGCUCAAACUAUAAAGACACUGAAGCUGAGGAGAAACCCAGUCAAACUGUCUCUCUACAGACACUUCACGAACACACUCAUCUUUGCCAUCAUAGCUUCAAUCAUUUUCAUGGUGUGGACGACAAAAAAAUUCCGGCUAGCAGAUUGUCAGUCGGACUGGAUGGAGCUGUGGGUAGAUGAUGCCUUCUGGAGGUUCCUCUUCUCCGUCAUACUGCUGGUUAUCAUGUUCUUAUGGAGACCAUCUGCUAACAACCAGAGGUAUGCAUUCACUCCUCUGAUGGACGACUCUGAUGAUGAGGAGAUCGAGGACUUCCUGGUGUCAGCUAAUUUGGCUGACGGCAUAAAGUUGAGAGCAACCAACUCCAGGAUUGAGACAAACGGUUCUGCCAUGCCUUCAGGACCCAACCCGGAUGAAGACAUGAAAUGGGUGGAAGAGAACAUUCCUACCUCUUUGUCAGACGUUCUUUUCCUCUUUCAUUAUAGAGCGUUGCCUGUCCUUCUCGACUCGGAUGAGGAAAUAAUGACCACAAAAUAUGAAAUGUCCAAGAUGGAGUAACAUGGAAAGUCUUCCUCCCACCCAUGGUGGAUGCAGAGCAUCUCUACCUCGGGUUCCUAAUGCAUGGCAUGGAAUAGACAGAUCAUCUGGAGCACGACACUUCUCCAAUCCUAGUCCUAGGGCUGUUUAGGCUGAGACUCAGACCUCUGAUCCUCUGUAAAACACUACUGUGGCUUAACGCAACACCUCUGACUUGGCGAUCAGCAGGGUCCUAUUCAUUGGGCAUCAAAUGGAUUAAAACUGGGAGGUACUACUUCAACUUGUCCAAUAAGAAAUACUUGUUUUAGUUUUCCUUUCCAGAGUGUUUGUUACGGUGUACUCUAAUGUAUUCAACCGAUGUUAUAUGUGGGCAACAGAAAAUCUCACCUGCAAUACUCCUAUUCUGUGUGUCCCAAAUGGCACCCUGUUCUCUAUAUAGGGCAUUGCUUUUGGCCAUGGCCCAUAAGGUUUUAUAGGGAAUAUGGUGCCUUUUGACCAUGGCCCAAAAGGUUUUAUAGGGAAUAUGGUGCCUUUUGACCAUGGCCCAAAAGGUUUUAUAGGGAAUAUGGUGCCUUUUGGGAUGUAACUUAUGAGACUUCUGUUCCAAAAACCCAGCUUCACUCUGUUAAAUGCUGUAUGUAUUUAUUAACAUUUUUUUUUCUCACUGAACUUGACUUUUAUAGGAGAAAGGAACAAGCUGGUAUAUUUCAACACCAAUUGGACACACUGCAUAAUAACAUUACCAAUAUUAUUUUGAUAGUUGAUAAUAUUCAGAGGUGUAUAGUAAACAUUAUUUAUUAUAUAUUUCACUAAGUGAAGCUUUAUUGUUUCCUAACCAAAGUAUAAUGUGAUGUGGGAGAGUUUGUGCAUUUUUGUCUAGGCUGGGACACAGAAUUCAUACGUGCAGUGUGUUACGCAGUACUAAACAGAAGUGUUCUGGAUAAUGUCCGUGUACAAUUGCAGGACUGGUCUGUUCAGGAGGAUGUAACAUUACAGAAUGUUUAGAUAGAAACACAAGGAAUAGAGCUGACAUGAUUCCCUAUUCUAUCUACUAUCAAUGAGAAAUCACUGAAUGGACCCCUGAGGUUGGUAGAGGCAGUACUGUAAUUGAGGCUUACGUCAUUGAGGAGUUGUGUGUUUGAAUGUGAGUGGAGGGAAUCUUUAGCCUGGUUCCAGAUCAGCAAUAACAGCGUUACAAUGGCCAUAGGAGUUGGCAAGACGGCACAAACACAUCUGGGAUCAGGCUAGGAAGUCCUCUGUUUCCGCUAGUUAAAUAAAGAGCAAUAUUAUAUAGUACCCUCCCUUUAUCUGUUUUACAUUGCUUGUGCACCAAAUGGUACCCUAUUCCCUAUAGCAGGGGUGCCAAGCUCAUUCCAUGUAAGGCUGAGUGUCUGAAGGUUUUAGUUUUUUUCCUUUCAAUUAAGACUUAGACAAUCAAGUACAAAGGAGGAGUGAAAACCCACAGAUGCUCAGUCUUCCAUAGAAUGAGAUUGUAAAGAAUGCCCUAUAUAGUGCACUACUUUUGACCAGAUCCCUGUGCGCCCUGGUAUAAAGUAGUGUGCACUAUAUAGGGGAUAGGGUGCUAUUUGGGACAAAAAUUGUUAUUUAUGUUUAAGUGUACUUACAACUUGCUAUAUUUAGUUUACUCUAGGUACAUUCAUGGGGAUGUUGUUAUUGUGUGAUAAGUUUUAAUGUUAUUUCUGAUUUGUUGUCAUCUGUCUAGCUUUUUCUAAAACUCUUUUUAGAGGGCAAACUAUUGGAAAUGACUCUUGUCUCGUUGAUUAAUUAAUGCGUUUUGUUUUGCCGUUGAAACGGGGAUGUGUCUCUCCAUCUUAUGUUCUGUAAUGGUAUAACACUUUCAAAGUACAGAUUUUUUUUGUGCACCAUUUCUGUAACGGCAAUCGGUACUGGUGCCAGUUAGAUUGUGCCUGAAGUCUUCAGCUGUAUGAGACUGGGGGGGGGGUGUUGUGUGGACAUUCCCAUUUCCAAAUAGGAUGAUGUUGUAUUGGUCCAUGUUAUGCUCUGCAGCCUUCACCUAGGUUAGGGAGUUAUGAUUUCACUCACAACCUCAACUAUUUCCUAGGACCUGUCCAGAAACAUUCCCUACCCACUAGAUUGUCUUACAUCUGUCCAAUCCUUGCAUAAGUAGGGUGUAGUUGUCAGUUUGGGAAUCAGGCCCUAGUAUAUGUAGUGCUUUCCCUAACUUGUAUAAAUUCAUAUUAAGAUUCUUACUCAGACCCUGACAUUCUUCUCUUUAUGAUCAACUGUAUGUCUGUCUCAGAGUUGGUUAUUUUCACUUAAGACUGGUUUUGUCUGACUGUUAGUGCUGUUAUAUUAUUUACUGCCUGAUACCUUUUUGGAAGGUUUAACAUCUUCAAAGCUAUGCUUUAACUUUUAAACACAGGGCCUGUGUUCAUAAAGCGUCGCAGUACGAGUGCUGAUCUAGGAUCAGUUUGACCUUCUAGAUCGUAAUGGACACCUGAUUCCGAUUGGCACGCCUACUUUGAAAUGCUUAGUAAUGUAGAUAUGGCUCCAGAUCAAUGUGGCUUGUUUGUCCUUUUUAUUUCUGUUGACAGAGCAGAGAGAGAGAACAGCACCAUGUUAUUAGUAUGCCAAACUGUAAAUCUGUAUGAUGUUUGUUGAAAAUCUUUGUUUUCUGAUCUAUUUCAAUACGAUGGUUAAUUUAAUUGUAAAUAAAAAUGUUUUACAAA